CGGAAAUUACAGGCCAAAUAUAUUUACAAAAAUAGUCAAAGUUGCGUGAAACCUGAAACUAGGGGAAAACCUAUUAAGAUAGAAAGAGGUACAAGAUAAGGUGAUCCCUUAUCACCGAAGUUAUUCAUUGCCGUGAUCAAGAACAUAUUUCGAAACAUAGACUGGUCACAAAAAGGUAUCAAAAUAUGCGAUCGCUACCUAAACCAUCUAAGGUUUGCCGUUGAUAUCGCUAUCAUAGCUGAAACACCUAGAGAGUUAGAAGAUAUGAUACAGACACUUGACCAACAAAGUAUAAAAAUCGGUUUAGAAAUUAAUGCAAAUAAGACUAAGAUAAUGACCUACAGUCACAAGAAGCCAAUAAAUGUAAGAGACAAUAUUAUAAACUAUGUCGAUAACUACAUUAACUUAGAAAACGAGUAUCUUUCCAUCACUCUAACAACGAACAUGAAGUAGCAAGAAGAGUAUCAAAAGCGUAGAAUAGAUUCUGAUCAUUAAAAGAAAUCUUUAAAGGCAACUACAAUCUUCACAUGAAAAAAGUAGUAAUGGAUACUAGUGUCCUACCAUGCUUAUUGUACAGCUGUCAAACGUGGACCUUUACAGAAAAAGUCAAGCAGACGAGUAAUCAAAGAGCAAUGGAAAGAAGCUUAUUAAAAAUAUGCAAGAUAGACAUAAGAAUAAAGAAAAGUAAGAAGUAAGAAGCGCCAGGAUAACACAGAAAACCAAGAUCACCGAUGCACUCACACAUGCACUGACACCGAUUGAAAUGGGCUGGACAUAUUGCACGGUAUACCGACAGGAGGUGGACUAGAGAAAUUACACGUUGGAAGGGGCCAACACCAGGAAAACGAAAUAUAGGAAGACCAAUAAAACGGUGGGCUGAUGACAUAGCGAAAAAAGAAUGGAUGCAGAAAGCACUUGACAGAAAGUUGUCAAUGAAGUUGGAGGAGGCCUUUACCCAAUCUGGGAUCCAUAUCUAAAAAUUAAUGAGGCGUCUCUACCUCACAGACAGGCGUCUGAGAGUGAUGUUGUGGUGCAUAUUACUGGGGCUACAACCAGCGUUCGGUGGGAUCCUCGACCCAUUCAACUGGGCACGCUCGGAUCGCAUCGAGGUCAACAUACCCUGGCUUCCUUUUGAGAAUGAGACUCGAUGUUAUGAUGAACUCGGAUGUCUGAAUAUUACCCGUAGCUGGUAUCAUCUCAUUCAUCGGCCUUUCAACGUGUUCCCUCUUCCUAGAGUCGUGAUAAACACCAGGUUUAUCUUAUACACAAAGAAGAACCCAACGGACGGUCAAAUACUUAAUGUGAACUUAAACAAAACGAUUGUAAAAUCUAAUUUCAAUCCUCGCCGGCUCACCAAGAUGAUAAUCCAUGGGUUUAUUGACACUCCACUUUCAAAUUGGGUCAGCGAGAUGAAGGAUGAAUUGGUGAAAGCUGGUGACUUCAAUGUUGUUGUAGUAGACUGGGCAGGAGGAAGUCUUCCACUGUACACUCAGGCAACAGCAAACACGAGGCUAGUUGGCUUAGAAGUAGCACAUUUUGUCAACACUCUGCAGAAAGACCACGGCCUAGAUCCAUUAGACGUUCAUAUAAUUGGCCACUCAUUAGGCGCCCACACUGCGGGCUACGCCGGAGAACGAAUACGGGAUUUGGGAAGAAUAACGGGCCUUGAUCCAGCCGAGCCAUAUUUCCAAGGAAUGCCAACAAAUGUCCGUUUAGAUCCGACAGAUGCUCAACUUGUCGACGUUAUACAUACAGAUGGCAAGAGUAUAUUCCUAUUAGAUUUUGUGUUUAUGGCAGGCUAUGGAAUGUCUCAACCUGUUGGGCAUUUGGACUUCUAUCCCAAUAAUGGAAAAGAGCAGCCGGGAUGUGAUAUAACUGAAGGGCCCCUGGUGCCUCUUACCCUUGUCAAAAAGGGUCUGGAAGAAGCCUCUAGGGUUCUCGUGGCUUGUAACCAUGUGAGAGCGAUAAAGUUGUUCACUGAAUCUAUAAAUGGAAAAUGCCCUUAUAUUGGUCAUCAGUGUCCAUCGUAUCAACAUUUUCUCGACGGAAAAUGCUUCCACUGCGGUCAUGGAUGUGCUGUUAUGGGAUUCCAUGCAGACAGUUCUCCUGGGCUUAUCACAAAUAAAAACAACCAAACAGAAAAUGAAGUAUACCCGUCAGAGGAGCAGGAAACAAUUGGUGCGAAGUAUUUUCUGAAUACAGGGAAGGAUCAGCCGUACUGCCAAAGGCACUACAGAAUAGCAAUUCAUUUGGCUAAUCCUAAAGGUGCAGAAUCGUGGGUGCAGGGUUUCCUAAAGGUGACAUUAUUAUCAGAUAAAGGAGUAAUACGUGGAAUGGAUCUCACACCCAACAAUUACGUGAAAUUGGAGCACGGGACUUCGUACACUAUUGUGGUGACUCAUCCAAUGGAUUUAGGCGGAAAAGUGCGAAAAGUAGAGUUAUCUUGGGAAUACGACAUGAAUGUACUAGAACCUCGAUCUCUUUGCAUUCUCUGGUGUAAUGAUCGCCUCUACGUGAAAUCUGUUCUUGUCGAUCAAAUGGAGCUUCCUAGCAGAGGAAAGCGUAAUGUAGACUUCAGCACCAAACUAUGUACACCGAAACGGGAAUUCGCUGAAAUACCAAACAGAGGCUCAGCUAGUUUCUAUGACAAUAAUUGUAGUUAGCCUAAUUAGGUAUCGCAUAAUACCAUAUGCCAUAAGAUUUAUAACCAACGAAUGAUUAAAAUAUUUAUGUUGGAUGAAUAAAUUGGUUGUGAUGAAAGGGCUGCCUUUGAAACGUUACCCAAUGAGAGUGGUGUAAACUAGGAAAUGUUGUAAAUACUAUUUCAUAGUAUAUAGGUGUGUUUAUAAGUACAUUUAAUAAUUAGUAUUGGAAUUAUAUAAUUACUUAUUUAUUUACCAGUUGUAUCUAAUUGAUUAUAUAAACACUUUCUACAUUGAAAUGAAAAGUGAAUGUGGAAAAAAAGAUCGUUCCAACAAGCUUCGUACUAUGGUCGUUAAAAUAUAAUUUAUAUGAGUUCACUGAAUAUAAUAUGUUAAUGACAUUUAAAUUUAAAUAAGUAAUAAGGUAUAUGCAUGUAACUUACAUUUAAUUCAAAUAUUUUUUUUAAUCUUUAUUUUAAUUUAUUUUAUCUUAAAUAGUUUUUUCUUAUUAAAUUUUUACUGAAUAAUAAAUAUUCAAUAAACAAAAGUGCGAUAAAUUCGCGCGAAAAAUAAAAUAUCCAAACGCAAUGCUAUUGGUUGAAGCGUAGUGUGACGUCAAAGUCUCGAUAAACAAUAAAUUAACAAAACUAAAUAAAAAGUUUGUACCUUAAAAUUGGUACCUUGAAUAUAUACCACAACUAUAUAAGCAAGUUGUUGGAGAUCAUUAUCUUUUCUCAUUGAUUUUUUUGUAUGAAAGGGAGGACAAACGAGCGUACGGGUCAUCUUAUGUUAAGUGAUCAGCACAAGGAAGCUCAUUUCACAGUUUUGUAGUACGUGGAAGAAAGUUCCUUGAAAACCGCACUGGAAUGCGGAACGCCACAUGAAUGUGAUCAUCAUACAGCUCCUCGGAACACUCCCCGUGAUAAAUGCGGUAGAAAAUAUAGAAUGAAGCGUCCCUAGGCAACGUCAAAUUAUCUAGCGGUUCACAGAAUGCAUCCCGACAUCCCGUUUAUACCACUUUGCUCGGUUAGUUGAGUCUCUUGGGACUAGAAAAAUACUUUAUGUAGGGCACUUUUCGAAGUAUUUUUGGCACCAGAAAAUACUAAAUAAAUUUUACAGAAUUUUUGCUUUUGGUCAAUUAUUUUAUAAAUCACAAAAUGUAUUUAAAUUUAAUACAUUUCACCAGAAUUGUUACAAAUUUGUUUAGUCAAGAUAAGUGCUGACACGGCAAUAUCCCGCGCCCGCUCAUUGUAUGAAUUACCAUUAUAUUAUGUAAUGAAAUGUCAAUGACUGAAUUAUUUGAUUAAUUUUAGACAUUUCUAAGGAAAAAAAAUAGGUUCCAGAUAAGAAAUUGCCAAAACCCAAUUACCAUAUACUAAAACCUUCUCCGAAACACGCUGCAUCUAAUGGUACCUAUAAUAAUUAUUCCGAUCGGUUCAGUAGUUUUCGCACUAUAACCGAAGGAAAAAACUGGGGAAGACUGACGUAACAGAAACCCCGCGUAAAAUCGCUAUUUUGCCGUUUGAAUAGCCGAAAUAUAUUUUCGGGAAUUUUUUUUAUGGAUUAUGAAUGUUUUUAUCUAUAAUUUGAUGAGUUUGAUAACUUUUAGCAUGUAAAAAAUCAAAUUUAAGUAUUUUUUUAAAUAUCAUGCAUAUACUCUAUUGAAUACUGUAGAUUGGUUUUGCCAAGAUGUUCAAGGAUAAAACAGUGUUCCACGGAUUGACAUUAUAGAUACGCAUUGUAUAGUUUAAUUACAGCAAUAUAUCAUAAUAUUUACAUCAUCUUUUCAAGAAACAACCCACGAUUUAAUUUUUUAUUUUUUAUUGACAGCUUACAACUUUCAAUGUCAGAUUACAGAUAAAAAAUACUGCUAUUUCAACGACGCGUCAACUUUAAUUGUCACUUAUCGCGUGACGAAUUAUAAAAUCUUCAUUAGUAGCUAUCUGUUUUAGAAUAUGAAUAUACGAAUUAAAUAAAUACACGUUAAAAGUUCCCUUAAUUCUGUAAUUAAAUAUACGCAUCAAUACAGAUUACCAUAAACUGUAAAAAAGAUCAUUGGUUUGUUCUUUUGCAACACUUUAACUACUUUUCCGGGUAUAAUUUACUAUUAUAGGUAUGUAUUGCUUGUUUUAUCGCAUCGUAGAUAGAAGAUUGUUUAUCUUCUAUCUUCAUAUUGCAUAUAUGAGUGAGUGAGAGGCACGAUCACUAGAGUUGCCAAUCUCAAUAUUGGCUUAAUGAUUUCAGAGAUAAAAUAUGAUGCAGUGGAAAAUACAAACUGUAUUGGAAACAAAUAUCACUAUGUAAAAAUGAAUGAAUGAUUUUUACAUAAUAUAUAAUAGGUUUAAAUUUCUAUGUGAUGUGAGAUUUGAACGUUGCAUCUUACAUACUUGCAUAACUACGAUUUCAGGAACAAAAUAUGAUGCAGUACAAUAUACAGUUUAUCAGAAACAAAUAACACUAUAUAAAAUGAAUGAUUGAUUUUUAUACAAAUGAUUAUAUUUUCUGUGUGAUGUGAUAGGAUGGCGGUUUGAACGGCGUGAUAGGACGUACCUAUCGUGUUAUUGAUUUGUUCAAACUUAAAUGUACCUAUCCUUAGAUUAUUUUGUUUUCUGUACAUAUUUUGUAAAUACAAUUGUUAUAAUUUUUAUGAAAAGAAAAAAAUAUAAUUUUUUCAAGAA